GUCGCGACGCAAUGACUACGCAUGCGCCGAAAGCCAUCGCAGAGAAACGUCACUGGCCGCACUGCUAAGCCUGAAAGAUGAAGACUCCCCCGGACAGGACGGGCAUAAAGUUUGAGGUCGGCGCUCAACUGCAGGCCAGAGACCGCCACAAGAACUGGUACUCGGCCACCAUCGAGAAAAUGGACUACGACAAAGAGCGCGUCAUGGUCCACUACCACCAGUGGAGCCGGCGCCAUGACGAGUGGUUCCAGUGGAACUCGCCGUACUUGCGGCCGCUGGAUAGAGUCAGUCUGAGGAGGCGGGGUCUCAGCCAGACGAGCGCGUCGACGUCAUUUGUCCCCGGCACAAAGGUUCUGGCCUGUUGGACCGACUGUCGUUUUUACCCGGCCAAAAUCCUGCAGGCCAACAAGGACGACUCUUACACAGUCCGCUUCUUUGACGGUGUGGUUCGGACCGUAAAGCCCACUAAAAUCAAACCCUUCCAGAAAAAGCCGAGGCGUGAGAAGGCAGCAGUGGGAAGCGAGGGCUGGGAGGAAGGAGAGAGCGAAGAAGAGCAGAGGGCAGAAGAAGGAGACAAGGAGACAGGGAAGGAGGAGAAGAAGGCAGACGAAGAGGAGAAGGAAGGAGGCGCUGAGGGCGAGAGGACACCACAACCUCCAUCUCCAUCAUCACCUCCUCCAGUCAAGAGGAGCCAUGACAGCGAAAACACUGAGGCUGACCAGCAGCCAAUCGCGAGCGAGCUCAGCCAGCCGGCUGCCCCAAACCCCGCCCACAUCGAAAAAGGUUUCUGUGUAGAUGUCCUGUUGGAGCGCCAGGCCCACCUGCCCACCAGUCACAAAUUCAGCAGAGAACCACUGUACAGGGUGAUCAAGAACCAGCCUCCCCCCAUCCUCUCCAUCGAGUUGGACCACAACCCCUUCAAGUGUCCUUCGGAUGGCUGCACCAAGUCCUUCCGGAAGGCGAGCCUGCUGCACUACCACAUGAAGUACUACCACUCCGAGCAGCAGCAGCAGCCAGACGAGCACGGCAGCGUGGCGGAAAUGCCCAGGAGGAAGCGCUCCACUUCCGAGGGCAACCACUUCCUGUGUGACACCCCGAGCGCCGCCUGUCACCUUGACGACGGAGCGUUCAGCGCCACGCUAGCAGCAGAGAUGAAGAGGGAGGUGGCCAGGGAGAAAAGUCGUCACGAGCGGAAACAGAGGAAACACUUCCUGAGAGACAAGGUAAAGAAGAAGAAAAAGAGGAAGAAGAAGAGGAAGAAGAAGAGGAGUCUCUCAGAACUGUGCAGCAGCGACGACGACGACAACAUCUCGGCCCCGCCCCCCAUCGCCUUUACGCUUGGCGAGGACCACGGCGACGGCAGCCCCACACAUAAACGCCAACCGCUGACACACGGCGACUCGUGCCGCCCCCAGAACCACGACCAGCUCAUCCGCCUCCCGGCCGAUGACGGCAGCGACUGGUCCACGCUGACUGCCGAGAGCGGUGAGGACACGCCCUUUUGGUCCUUCGCCAUGGAGACGGAGGACUGUGAGGUGGUGAGGUGCGUGUGCGAGGUGGACGAGGAGAACGACUUCAUGAUCCAGUGUGAGUCGUGUUUGUGUUGGCAGCACGGCACCUGUAUGGGCUUGUAUGAAGACAACAUCCCGCACAACUACAUCUGCUACUACUGCAGACACUGCACAGGCUGGAGGCGUGCUCAGCGCUACCCGGCCGAGCCCGACUUGCUGGCGUCGGGUCGCAUGUUCGGCCUGUCCUGCGUGAGGGACAACUACUCCGAGGUCAACGCCUCCAAGAUCACACUUACCAGCCGCCUCCUGGCGCACACGCACGGCCUCAAUCAGGUCCUCAGCGGGCUGCAGCUCAAAAUCAGCCUCUUACUCACGCCCUCGCACCCUGACCUGCAGCUGUGGCGCUUGCCGUGGAGACCGGAGGAGGGGCGUCGGCCGGCGGGCGGUCCGAGGGGAGAGACCUCCGUCAGCUACGUCAGCAGCGAGCACUGCUAUCAGAAGCCCGGUGCAUUAUGGGAGAGUCAGGAAGGGGAGGAGACCGAGAAGCAGGAAGCUCACGACCAGCACAAGGACGUGAAGCGGGAGGACGAGGACGCAGACGGGCGCGGCGAGGACAGAAGGUCACGUGGUCACGUGACCUCGGCCACCCAGUGCCAGCUCAACCUGCUGGACCACGUGGAGAGUCUACACCAGCAUAUCUGCGCCAGGAUGGACCUGGUCGAGAAAGACCUGGACGUGUUGGAGUCCUGGCUGGACCACUCGGGCGAGCUCGAGCCUCCCGAGCCUUUGUCCCGCCUCCCGCAGCUCAAGCAGCGAAUCAGGCGGCUGCUGCGAGAGCUGUCCAUCAUCAGGCGCCUGUCCGUACGCCGCUGGCACUGACUCCCAGCCACUUGCACGCCUAGCGUUAGCUUAGCAUUAGCAUCCCUUCAUGUCAGCGUCGCACUUAACCGAGUUUUUCUUUACUUUCUAAUCAGGAAGAUAAAAACCACAUCACAUUGCCGCCAAAACACGCGCUUUCAACUAAAAGUAUCGGGACGAACAUUUCCACUAACUGCAAUUCCAGACGACAAGACUGAUGAUGUCGCCACACACAAUGUAAACAUGAUGAAUGUUUUCUAUUCUUCCACAGGAAGGUGUAAAAAGUUGUAAUUUUGAUAAGCACACCAGCGAGGUUCUUUCAAUCUCCUUUUAAAGGCAAGACGGCGUUCAAGGAGGCCGCUCAUUAAACGCUAAAGUUGUGA